AUGUUUGUUUUCAUCCAGACACAUAUAAUGAGUAUUUGUGUGAUGUUUACUCAGGUCCCUACAGGUGGCAAAUCUAGUAGCUGUACUGUGGCGACAGCACGGAAAGCCAAGAGGGACACAGAUCGCACUUCAGAGAGUGAGUGUGACAGCGGGAGGGAAAACAGGAGGCGCACCAGGAUCCCCAAACAUCGAAGCAGCAUUACAUCAAGAACGACCUCCAAAGAAACCAAGGGCCGAAGAUCAGACAGCGAUCAGGAGAAUCAUAAACAGAGGAGUUCAAAGUCUGCAGAGGGUCUCAGAAGGAAGACUGGUGGGGCAGGAGGGAAAGACGCAGCUGGGCCGAUGAGGAGGGGAGCUGUGAGAGCUGCGAAGGCCUCAGGCGAUGUGAAGACCAAGUCCACUGAAGAGGAGGAAACCUACAGGACUAUUGUGGAAGAGCGUGACCAGGAAAGGGAGAGGCGUUGGAAGGCUGAGCAGGCUGCGAGGAAACUCACCGAGGAUCUAAAGUGCCUGCAGACAAAAGUCAGCGAGGAAAAAGACCUGCAGAGCAUGGCCCUGCACACCACGGACAGACUGAAAGAAUUGUUGCUGAAGGAGCGAUCGGGGCGAUCUGAACUGCAGGCUCGGGUGGAGGAGCUGGAGGGGAGGAGUCAGUCCCAGAGCCGGCAGCUGGAGCAGGCCCGCAGCAGUGAAGAGCAGCACAAGACUGCACUGCGCAGACUGGAGGAGAGCAUCUCCCAGGGAGACGCUCUCAGGGCUCGCCAGCAGGCUGAGGAGAUGAAGCGGCACCAGGAGCUGGAGAACAAGGCAGGAGCUCUGAAGAGAGAGUCGGACAUCCUGAGAGCGGCAGUGCGUCAGCACAAAGACAAACUGCAGCAGCUGCAUGAGCUGCUGGCGGCCAGGGAGCAGGAGCACAGAAAACAACUGGAUUUGCGGUUGCAGCCCGGCGGGGCAGAUUUCCGAGAGGCGGUGGCUAAAGAGGUUGCACCAGUGGAAGAGAGGCAUGGCCACAGGGUGCUGGAGCUGCAGGGGAAACUAGAAGAGGGGAGGAAACUGUACGCAGCUCUGGAGGACGAGUUUCGCAUGGCGCUGACCAUCGAGGCUGGUCGCUUCUCUGAGGUAAAGGACGCUUGUGAUCAGAUGACUGCAGAGCUGCUGGGGCUCAAGGCGACCCUGGCCCAGUCCCAGCAGAGGGAGAAGAAAUCAGCCUCUCUGGUGCAGGAGCUCACAGCCAUGGUCAAAGAACAGAAGAACCGCAUCACUGAUCUCAUCAAAGCCAAGAGAGAAGCUGUCACUGCUCUGAAGAGCCGUCUGCAUUCCUUAGAAGCAGAGGCAGAGCAGGACCGGCGUCUCAGCCUGCAGCUCGAGCUGCUUAAGAAAGACAAGGGACGACUGUUGUCUCAGCUCACAGCUCAGGAGUCUGUGAUCGACGGCCUCAGAGCCGAGAGGAGGAUCUGGGGCCAGGAGCUCGCUCAGCAAGGAGCAUCCUUGUCUCAGGAUCGUGGACGCCUGGAGGCCAGGUUAGAGGUGCUGGGCGCUGAGCUGGAGAGUCAGAAGAAACUGAACGAGAGAGACACUGAUGCCCUAAAAAUCAAAACCAAAAUCAUUGAUGACCAGACAGAGACCAUCCGCAGACUCAAAGAGUCUCUGCAGGAGCGCGAUGAUCAGACCCGCAGGCUGCGCGAUGAGGCGGUCCAGGCCCAGAAGAGGUUCCAGAAGCAGCUGGAGGAGGAGACAUCUGAGCAGGCGGAGCUGAAGGAGCGGAUCGAGCAUUUGAGCCUGCGCAAGGAGGAGCUCAAACAGCAGCUGGAGGACAAGGACGCAAAGCUUGAGGAGAUCAAAAGAGUUUACAGUGAUUCCAGUAAGAAGUGGCAGGCGAAGGCCGACCUGCUGACUCGGUUGGAGAGCCAGGUGAAGAGCAUGAAGGAGAGCUUUGAUUCCAAGGAACGCUUGCUGCUGGAAGAAAGAGAUAGAGCAAUCGAAGCACAAAAAGCUGCAGUAGAUAAAUUACACUGUGUGGAUGAUGCAUUUCGUCGACAGCUAGAGUCUGGUCAAGCCUCUCAUCAAGCUGAGCUGCUACGACUUGCAAAUGAUAAGCAGAAGAAGAUUGAACAAGCCAAUCAGAAGGUAUAUGAUGUAGAGGAGGAGAUGCGUCAGCUCCUGGAAGAGACGGAAACCACCAAAAGAAUUAUGGAAGAGAAAAUGAAACGUCUCACAAGUGUACUUAAAGACUUUUAACACAUGACAUGUGACCUCUUUACCGCCAUGGCAGCUUUUGAAUUUAAACACGUGUUUUUUAUGUUAAGUUAUUUAUGUAUUUUAGUAUAUCAUGAUUUAUCUAAUAAAUUCUUUCUUGAGUAUAUUCUUUCUUUUUAUUAAAGAACAUUUCCGCUAGUA